CUGACAUGGUGAUUUCAAAAUUACUGAAGUUAUAUAUGUACGUGGAACAUAACCUAAUCAUUGUAAUCAUUGUGUUAAACUAAUACAAACAACCUUUAUUUAUUACCGUGUGAAAAGUUUCCUUUUGUUUUCUAUAUUUACAGAAGAUAAAAACUAUUGAAUAAUUUAUAAUUAUGACCGAAGCAUCGUUUACUAAGCCAACAAACGAUUCUCAAUUUCUUCGAAAUGAACCUGUGAAUUAUUCCAUCGAAAUUCGACAAAUGAUGCAUGGUUUCGGAGAUAGUAGCGAACCGUUAAUCGAGUCCGCGAAAAUCAUAGAAGAAGUUGUUUUGCAACAAAUGAGGACAAUAGUAAGGAAAGCUUGCGAGAUUUCUGAAAGACGAAGCAAUUCUAAGAAGACUGUCUGUAUUUCUGCCGAGGAUCUAAUCUUUUUACUACGCAAAAACAAAGUGAAGCUGCAACGUCUUCUAAAGUAUUUAGAAUUAAAAGAAUUUAAAUCUUCCAUACACAAGACAAUAGACAGUGAUUUGCCCGAGGAUGUUACACAAAAUGAAAAUAUGGAUGGAUCAAAAAAGAAAGGGCCUCUUCACAGUUUCCUCUCUCAAAUUAACAAUACUGGUGAACUUUUUGAAGAUGCAUCUACUAUAGAUGAAGUCAAACAGCACAGAUGCAUUCGUGCUGAAAUUAUGACAAGAUCUAUGGAUGAAGCCAGAUAUUUGAAAUUCAGUAAAGCACGCAAUGCGUCAUUUGCAAAUAAAAAUAGACACAAAUUCAGCGACUGGAUAGCACCAGAUAGUGAUAUAACAAUAACGAAACAAGCAUACACGAUUUUGGGUUAUUUGGCAUAUGAGACAGUAGCACAAAUCAUAGAUUUUGCGUUGUUAGUAAGACAAGAUCAAAACAAAAUAUAUGGUGAUGCUAUAGAUCGACUUAGACUUAAUUAUGUCAAUCCAUAUACAUAUAAACCAUAUUAUCACGGCAAGGUGGCAGUAACAAAACCAAUAACACCUGCAGAAAUAAUUGAAGCUCUUAGACGGUAUUGGUCACCUCAGUUAGACAUGACAGGCCCAUUUAAUCGUUGGUCCAUGAGAAGGCCACAUUUGCAACUUUUAUCCUUGUAAAAUACUUCAUGAAUUCACACAGAUACUAAUUUUGCUUCUGUAUCAUGGUGAGAGCAACGUCGACACGCGUACUUUCCCUUCUGCGCCACCAGUUAUACAUGUUCCAGAUUGAUUGGCAGUAGACCAGUCACAACAGAGUGUACCUUUAUGUCCGCCUAACUCUAAAAUUUUCGCUUGUGCACCUGGCGGCAUCUGAAAAUUUAUAUUUUCAGUAUAUCAAAGUUUAAAAUUAGAAUAUAUUAAAUUUUGUAUUGUUAGACAGUAAAAAUUAUAUAUACUUUGUAUAUAUUUCCUCCAGUUUGUGUACAAAGUAGCAUAUAGUUACCACUUUGAUCAAAAGUAAACAAUUUUCCAUGAA